AUGGACUCCUCCGAUCUUCACGAUACCAACGUCGUUGACGAGACCUUGACUGAUGCUAUGAUUGACGACGUUGACCUCGAGAUCACCCCCAAGACCGAAGAGGAAUACGCCCAGUCUACCUUGACCCUCCGUGCGAUUGUCUCGUCGAAAGAGGCCGGUAUCAUCAUCGGCAAAGCCGGGAAAAAUGUUGCCGACCUCCGCGAUGAAACCGGCGUCAAGGCUGGUGUCAGCAAAGUGGUGCCCGGUGUUCACGAUCGGGUCCUGACCGUGACCGGUCCUCUGCACGGUACCGCAAGGGCCUAUGCACUGGUGGCCAAGGGUUUACUCGAGGGUGCUCCGCAGAUGGGUAUGGGUGGUCUCGUGCAGAACAACGGAACUCACCCCGUUCGUCUCCUAAUUUCCCACAACCAAAUGGGCACCAUCAUUGGACGCCAGGGCCUGAAGAUCAAGCACAUUCAGGAUGCCUCGGGUGUUCGCAUGGUCGCUCAGAAGGAAAUGCUCCCCCAGUCUACCGAACGUAUCGUCGAAGUCUCCGGAACCCCCGAAGGUAUCGAAAAGGCCGUCUGGGAGAUCGGCAAGUGCCUGAUUGACGACUGGCAACGUGGAACCGGCACCAUCCUGUAUAACCCCGCUGUCCGUGCGUCCGUUAGCUCUGGCCCUGUGAGCAACAACGGCGGCGGCGCCAGCAGCACCACCUCCACCACCGGCAAUGGCUAUAGCAGCCGUCCCUACAACCGCACCGGCAACGGCGCCGACUUCAGCGACCAGAGCGGUGGCUACAGCCGACGAUCCAACCCCGACAUUUCUAACCGCGGCUACCCUCUUGUCACCGAAGACGGCGAAGAGAUUCAGACGCAGAACAUCAGCAUCCCCGCCGACAUGGUCGGAUGCAUCAUCGGUCGCGGCGGUACCAAGAUCACCGAAAUCCGCCGAAGCUCCGGAGCCAGAAUUUCGAUUGCUAAGGCGCCGCAUGAUGAGACGGGUGAACGCAUGUUCACGAUCAUGGGCAGCGCUCAGGCAAAUGAGAAGGCUCUCUACCUUCUAUACGAAAACCUCGAGGCCGAGAAGACCCGUCGCAGCCAGCUGCCUCAGGAAUGA